CUUUAUCAGUAUUAGGACUAAAGUUUUUCAAAAGUGCAUUUUGUUUAAAAUUUCCAAGGAGGCAAGUAUAUUUCCAGUGUAUGUUGAAAAAUGGAUACUUCCGAAAAUAAGAAGAACAAAAAAAAACGCAAGGCGAGCAAAUCUAUAAGUAAAACAUCAUCAGAACAGAAAGAAAAUGUUCCGAAAAAUAAAGACCGGGUUAUAAAAAGUGAACCAGAUGACGGCAUUGCCAAAUCUAAACUAUUGUUACAAAAAAAAAGUAAACCCCGUGCCAGAAGAUCAAAACAAGAACGGAUUCACCUCAAUGGUGCUGAUCCAGAAGAUGAGGAACCAAAACAGAAGAGGGCUAAAAAGUCACGGAUUAAAAAUUACUCAAAAUCUACAUUCAACGCACUCAGUGAUGAAAUUUCUAAAAAAUUGACUGAAAAUGAAUCAGGUAAUGUUAGUGAUUGUAGUUCAGAUAGUAAUAAAACAAUAGAAUAUGAUUUUACACCAUAUCAACCUCCAAAGCCACGGCCUUUUUCACCAAUUCCAAGUACUUCUAGAGACAGGGAAACUUUUAUUAAAAAUGAUGAGCGAUUUAAUGAAAGUUUGAAGGGUAUUGAAGCAAUGGAACAAUGUUCCCCUCAUAAAGAAAAGGCCACUGAACAUGAACAGGAACAAAAGCCAAUGCACAAUGUAAAAUUAGAGGAAACUACUGCAACAGAGCAAUCCUCUCAAAAUGAAAAUGAAGUAGAAAUUAUUGAUGUACCCUAUGACACCAUUGAAAUUGAUGACUAUAGUGAUAGUUUUUCACAAAAAACUAUCAUAAAUGAAGUGGAAGAAAUUGAUUUAAUCCAAAUAAUGGAGCCACAGGGCAACAAAGUUCCUCCCAACCCUAAACAAACAACAAGUAAUUUGACCAAUGAUGAAGAUUGCAUAGUUAUUACAAAUGAAACUAUAAAUGAGGAUUCAAGAGAAACCAUAAUUAUUGAAGAUGAGUAUAGCUCCAUAAAUGAAUUCACACUUAACAAUGAAAAGUAUGACAGUUGUAUUGAUGUAGAUGAAAUAAUAAAUGAAAAUAAAAGUAUACUUGAAAAAUGGAAAAAUAAAACAAAAGAAUUUAACAAAAUAACUACAGUAAUUGAAGUUCCUGACGAUUCUAGUAAUACAAGAAUGCCAACAUCAACUACUAUCACUAACCCCACAAAUAAUAAUCCAUCAAAUUCCCAGAUUGAUCAAAAUGACAGCAUUGUGCUAGUAGACUGCCCAAGUCCUCAAACAGUAACUGAUCGCAGUCAACAGAAUAGGCAAAAUCAACAAACAUUGUCAGAACAAGUCGACGUUAUUGAAGAAGUUCCUCUACCACAGUCACAGGAUUCUGUAUUUAAAAACAUACUUGAUGAUUUCUUUAAACACAGAGCACGAAACAGUACAAAUGUAAGGCCUGUUAACACUAAACAUUUGGAAAGGUUACUUGAAUCAUUUUUUAAUUCAGUACCAGGUGCAAAUAACAGCAGUCAAAUAAGCACAGUAAAUAGUCAAACAGCAACCAACAAUCUACAAAUUGAAGAAAACAGGCAGAGACCUCCUCCUGAAGUUAGCAGGCCACCUCCCCAAACCACCAGCACCCCUCGACCACCAUCACCAGAACCAAAAAGAAGUUUAGGAGAUUGUCCAAUUUGUUUGGACUCGCUUGCGUCUAAUGGGAUUGCUUCUACAUUAUGUGGUCAUGUUUUCUGUGUGAAUUGUAUAAAAACAGCUAUUAGACAAAAUGGAAAAAAAUGUCCUACAUGUCGAAAAGCUCUAAAAGGUCCAAAUGGAGGAUACCAUCUAUUGUAUUUGUAAAUAUGUAUUUACUUUGCCUAUGGUUUGAUUUUUUAUAUUCUUUAAAUCUUAUUUGAAAUAUAACAUUUUCAUUGAUCAAACCCAAAGCAAAUGCAGGCG